AUGGCGGUGCGCGAGAGGGUUGACGGGAGCAACUGGUCUUCCAGUAGCGGGCCGCGGGAGUUCCCGCAGCCUGGCUCCGCGGAGAGGCGGCGGGGACGCGCGGGCCGCCCAUUGGGCUUCGGCGCCGUCGCUCCCGGAGCGCUGCGUGCGGAUUGGCCGCUGGCCCCGGCGGGGGCGGGCGAGGCUCGGCGAGCAGACGCUGGUACUUACGGAAGUGGUGUGGCUGGCUGGCAGGGCUAUGACAACUACAACUAUUACAGUGCCCAAAAUGCCACGGUCCCCGCGGGAGCGACCUACAGCUACAGCCCAGCCUCCUGGGAGGCCACCAAAGCCAGUGACGGUGGCCUGGCGGCAGGGGGCCCUGCCAUGCCCCUGCCAUCCUACGGCCCAGAGCCGUGCUCGGACAGUUCCGACUCGCUCAUUGCCAAGAUCAACCAGCGGCUGGACAUGAUGUCCAAGGAAGGAGGAAGGGGCGGGAGCUCCAUCGGUGGGGAGGGCAUGCAGGACCGAGAGAGCUCCUUCCGAUUCCAGACCUUUGAGUCCUACGACUCCAGGCCCUGCCUGCCGGAGCACGGCCGCUACCGCCCCAGCUACAGCUACGACUAUGAGCUGGGGACUGACCGCAAUGGUGGUUUUGCUGGGCAGUAUGGUGACUGCCGAGACGCAGGCCGAGAGCAGGGCUCCCUCGAUGGCUUCGUACGGGGCCGGGGCCAGGGCCAGGGCCAGGGUCAGGGCCAGGGCCGCUUCCAGGAUCGCUUCCAGGACCGGAGCAGCUCCAGCAGCAGCAGCAGCUUCCUGCGCAGCGAGCCCUUCAUGCCGCCCUCGGCCUCCUCCGAGCCCCUCCCUCCAUCCUGGAGUGAACUGAACUACUCGGGUGGACGAGGCCUGGGAGGCCCUUCUCCCAGCAGGCCCCCUUCUUCCCUUUUCUCCCAGUCCAUGACCCCCAAUUACAACAUGAUGGGCAUGCAGGGGGUGGGCGGUUAUGACAACACCCUGCCUUAUGGGUGUGGCCGGCCUCGGGCUCGGAUGCAGGAUCGGGUAAGUUCUCGCAGACCCUGGGCACUGGCUUUUCUGAACUGCUUUGCUGAGGUACAGUUGGUUUACUGUAAAAUCCUCUGCCUUUUUUGGGGGGCGGGGGUCAGUCAUGGGGCUUGAACUCUGGGC